AAACAUCUCUGCUCUCAUUAUUAAUCAAGGAAAGGAAGAGGAGGAAACGCAAACUGAAAGGGGGUGAUGGGAGUUUGCGCAGGAUGAAAAGAAAGAGGAGCGGCGAUGGUGAUGGAGAUCAAGGAGUUGCUGGAUGUGGUCUUGGUACCAUCGAGCCUGACCCUCAUGUUUGGUUACCAUCUCCUUCUCCUCUACCGAGUGCUGCGAUGGCCGGAGACAACGGUGAUUGGAUACGAGAAUCACAAUAAGAAGGCCUGGGUAGAAAGAAUGCUGCAGAGGGGCGCUGGUGAUUGCAGCAUGGCUCUGGAUGUGCUCUCAAGCAACUUAUCCGCAGCAACAUACCUAGCAUCGAUCUCUAUUGCACUUAGCUCUCUAAUAGGCACCUGGAUAGGCAGCACCUCCUCUUCAAAUAUUUUCAGAAGCAGUGUGAUCUAUGGGGAUGUAACUCCCUCCACAACCAGCGUGAAAUAUGUGACUCUCCUUGCCUUCUUCCUCCUUGCGUUCACCUUCUUCGUUCAGUCUGCUCGGCACUUCGUUCAUGCCAACUUUCUCAUCAGCACGCCGGACUGCGAAAUUCCGGUCGGAUACGUUCAGCGAGCUGUUAUCAGGGGAGGCAAUUUCUGGUCUCUAGGCCUCAGGGCUCUCUACUUUGCUACCACGUUGCUACUCUGGAUCUUUGGUCCAAUCCCCAUGUUUGUGGGCUCAAUUUGCAUGGUGGCCAUGAUGCAUUUCUUAGACACUAAUUCAACACCCCUGCUACAAUUUGGGUCGUCUAAGGAAGGCAAAGCUCUGAGCCAGAGGCAACGGCAGCGCCGACUUCACCGCCAUGAUAUGCCACAGAUGGAUCCUAGCAGCCAGUUAGUUUCUACGAUGCAGUAUACAGAUGCGAUGCAGAUCACGGCCACCACAUGAUCAGGGUUUGGAUGAUCUGCCUGAAUUCAGUUGUCUAUAUGGAUAUUGAAUCAAAGCAUUUCAAUUGGUAAUCACUUUAUGUGAUGGAUUUUUAAACAUUAUUAGGUAAAACCGAAGGAACUGAAGUUGAUCUUUAAAUUUAGGAACGGAAAAUGAAGAAGCGAUUCCUCUUUAAAAGGAAAAAGUUCUUGAACUUUAGUACUACAACAUUAUUCAUGGAUUGCAUUUCUACAAUUUUUAUUGUAAAAAGCGUUGAAUGAAAACCUGGAUGG